UUAAAUGAUGACUAUCCGUUGUGGGUCGUAAAAGUCGUUUCAUUUUCAAUUAGGCAAUCAAGGGGAACACAGCAAAGAUUCCUGUUAAAUGUCCUGUAUGUAAUCAUAAGACCAAACAAAUUGUGUUUGUUCUGACGAAAGGCAGCUAGCGCCGUUUUUAUGUUUUAACUUGACUUUGGAUUGGUAUGUUUUGCUUUGAAGAGCUAGCUAUAAAAAUCGACGCUUCGAUCAGCUUUGCCUUGUUUAAAUAGAAAGAUAAGACGUUCGAUUUGCAUGUAUUCCCUGUGCUAUGCCUUGUGAAAUGGCAGGAAGAGUCAUCAAGGUGGAAGUUGACGAUAUUCGUGAAAUUUUGCGCAGAGUUUCACCGUACAUUGUUCGUCAGUGGAAAGAAGUUUGCCGUGAACUUGGUGUACCGGAAACGGAGUUACUCGAAAUUGAGACGACCAGUUACAGUAAAAAGAUAUCGACCUUGGCGUAUCGUGGUUUGUGUCUCUGGUUUGAACAAAUGGGCAAGCUGGCGACAAAGGAAAAACUCAUCUCUGUACUUAAGAAAAAUGGUCUACGAAGAGCCGAAGAGGAGGUGGAGAACCUCACGAUCAAACAGCUGACUGUCCGCCCGCUGUCGUCAUCGAAGAUCUCCACAAGGGUCCGGUCUGCUAAGAGAAGGAAAUCGUCGGCAGGUAACCCUCCUUCUUUGCAAAGACUAAGAAGCGGCAGUGCCAAAUGUACCAGAAUCCGGUCGGCGAAACUUAAGUACACAAAGGAAGAAAAACCAAGUGACCUAUCACUUCGUUUAAGAGUGUCCCAAAUAGCUUCCCAGGAGGAUGUAAAUGGACAUUGGCGGGAAAAGUGUCGAGACCUUUGUGAAUCGUUUUAUACAUAUGUCGCAGACAAUUGUGAAGAUCACGUCAUUGGUUUGGAGCAUGCGCUUGACAUGUCAGACGUCGUUGUCAAUGACGUCAGAAGAGAUACCGUGAUUAUUGCGAGUGUUCAGUGUGGAAAUCUGGGAGCGCUGGAAUCGAUCAACCAGAUGUACAUAUCCAAACGACUUACUUCCCUUUGUCAAGCAGUAUUCAUAAAUGAACAAGUUUUGAAAAGUCUGGGAAUUAAAAGUUUGACAUUAGAUUUAAGUAUCGACCCAGAUGAUUUAGAGGAAUGUAGGGACUAUUUGUUAUCAAGGAAGUUCAAGGAAAGCACGAUAUUUCAUCCUACGGAUGCGUUAGCUGCUCCGCGCAACGAAGAGCCAAGCAUAGAGCGGAUACCGCAAUUGUCAGAGAAACAGAAAAGAAGAACCAAAGAUAUGUCUGGAUGUCAAUCGCGCUUUAUAUUGAAACUGGAAAAAUUGAAACGACGGUACACUGCUUUUGAAGAACAUACCAACGAGUUUUUGAGAACACUGCAAAUUGUGCUUCCGAAAGGCCAAGAGAGUAUUUCUAACCUUGCUGGCCUAAUUCGUCUUCAUUCCUACUUAUUGUCUUCAUCAGGUGUCGGGUCAGGGGUUCGAACCGAUCUAGUUCGCGAAUAUCUUGCCAUAGUCAACAACAUCCGGUUAUAUUUGGAGAACUUCCGGGAGGAAUGUGAAGAGAUGCUCAGUGACAGUGAAAGUGAUGACGGUGAUUCAGAUUAUUCCGAAAAAAUUGUCAAGUGUUUGAUCGAAAAUGUGGAAGACAUGUUACAGGUGGACCACAUAUUUGAAGAAGACACCACAGUGUUGGACCGGAAAUUGAGUUCUUAUGAGCAGACAUUUUGUGGAAUGUUGUGUUACAUUCCCCUUUUGUGUGAAAAAUUAUCCACGGUUCUUUACACGUUGCCAACAAAUACAAAUGUUCAGCCAAAACCAAGUACAUGUACUUAAUGAAGAUAAAAUAAUUGCUAGAAAAUGUUUAGGACUGGUGUAUGUAUUCAAUCGUCAUUUUAACAUUUUCUUAAUUUGGAGAAGAAUGGAACUUAGUUUUUCAUACUUAAAAGUAAAAUAUUAUCACGUCUACGUCAAUUUGUUAUAAGCUCCCUUAAGUGUGAAAAGGUUCACACACGAACUAUCUCAAUCUUCAUUGCUACUUCCAUUUAACCAAGUAUGUGAAAUCAAUCUGUAUCCGUUGAAUAAUGCCUCUACAAUUUUUAAUUCUCCCUCCCUUGGAAAAAUCCACAAAUAAAAUGAACGUAAACUGCAAAUAAUACCUUAAAGUAUUUC